AAGGAAAAGAUUGUUGGGUGGAAGGAAGAAGAGAUCCUGAUUGAUUUCAUCUCUUUGAUACAUUCAUUCACUUCCCAUUUCACCAAAAAUGUUGGGAGCUUUGCAAUUGGAUAUCAUGACUGCCUUCGUGGUAGUUCUGGUUCCCAUGGGCAUGGUCAGAUGGCAUCUCAGCCGUAACAAGAUGCUCUUCUUCAGUGGAGCCCUCUUCAUAACUCUCGCCAUUGGUGUUCACCUUACUCCUUACUUCCCUUCCGUCACCGACUUCGUCUCCUCCGUCUCUUCCGUCGUCAUCUUCGACACCCGACACUCAUGUCUCUCUCUUCUCCACGACGUCCUUUGGAAUAUCACCCACACUCAUCCCAACACUUCCCAAUACCAAAAUUCCUGGGCUUGGUCCUCCCACGAUGACGUUUCGGCCUGUGACUUUCAGAAACUCACUCGAUCUGAUGCUUCAGAUCUCCUAAACGAGUCGUGGGUCGCCGUCACCGGUGACUCACAGUCACGAUUCGUCACCCUAUCGCUUCUGGGUUUGGUAUUGAAACCCCAAGCUGUUGAGUCCGUGAAAAACACAAUCUUCUAG